CGCUGUCUUUCUGGGUGGCAGACUGGCCGGCUUUCACCGGGAGUGGCUCAGUUGGAGUCCAGCCCGGGGCAGCAGAUAAACCCGUUGGGCGGAGACUGACAGGGGCAGCGAGGAAGGUCGGGAUGGCCCAGCGAGACGGGGCGGCGGAGCCUGGGUGCGCAGCAUGGCCUCGGGGGCGCCCGCAGACCGGCUGCGCGACGAGGCCCGCUGCCCCGUGUGCCUAGACUUCCUGCAGGAGCCGGUCAGCGUGGACUGCGGCCACAGCUUCUGCCGCGCCUGCAUCUCUGAGCUGUGCGAGAAGGCAGAGAGCUCGCGCGGUGGCGUCUACGCCUGCCCGCAGUGCCGCGGCCCCUUCCGGCCCGCGAGCCUCCGGCCCAACCGGCAGCUGGCCGGCCUGGUGGACAGCGUGCGGCGGCUGGGGCUGGCGGCGGUCCCGGCGGGGGCGCGGCGCUGCGCGAGGCACCGGGAGCCACUGAGCCGCUUCUGCGAGGAGGAGCUCCUGGCGCUGUGCUGGGUGUGCGCGGCCGCAGAGCACCGGGGCCACCGCACCGCGCCGCUGCCCGAGGCGGCUGCGCGCUACCAGGUGAAGCUCCAGAGGGCUCUGGAGCAUGUGCGGAAAGAGCUGGAGGAAGCUUUGGUGCAGGAGGCCAACGUGGGGAAGAAGACGGUCAUCUGGAAGGAGAAGGUGGAGAUGCAGAGGCAGCGCUUCCGGCUGGAGUUUGAGAAGCAUCGGGGCUACCUUGCCGUGGAGGAGCAGCUGCAGCUGCGGCGGCUGGAGGAAGAGGAGCCAGGCACGCUGCAGAGGCUGCGGGACAGCAAAAGCCGGCUGGCCCAGCACAACAAGGCCCUGAGGGAGCUGGCUGAGGAGCUGGAGGAGCGGAGCCGGCGCCCGGACCUUGACCUGCUGGAGGGAGUAGGAGGAGCCUUGGGCAGAAGUGAGGCUGUGACUCGCCCGGAGCUGGAGACCAUCCCCCUGGAGCUGAGGACGCUGUGCCGCAUCCCGGGCAUGCGAGACAUGCUGAGGAGGUUCCGGGCUGACGUGAAGCUGGACCCGGCCACGGCGCACCCCAGCCUGCUGCUGACCGCCGACCUCCGCAGCGUGCAGGACGGCGCGCGCCCCAGGGGCGUCCCCGGCAACCCCGAGCGCUUCGACACGUGGCCGUGCGUGCUGGGCCUGCAGGGCUUCUCGUCCGGGCGCCACUACUGGGAGGUCGCCGUGGGCGAGCGCGCCGAGUGGGGCCUGGGCGUGUGCCAAGACGCUGAGCCGCGGGCCGGGGAGAGCACGCCGUCCCCGGAGCACGGGGUCUGGGCCGUGUGGCUGCUGCGCGACGACGAAUACCUGGUGCUGGCCUCGCCGCCCGCGCCUGCCGUGCGCUCGCGCCGGCCACGCCGCGUGGGCGUGUUCCUGGACUACGAGGCGGGAGAAGUGUCCUUCUAUGACGCCGCCGACGGCGCGCACAUCUACUCGUUCCGCCAGCUCUUCGCGGGCAUACUGCGACCCUAUUUCUUCGUGUGCGACCGCACGCCGCUGGUCCUGCAGCCGCUGGGCGACGCCGGGGAGGGAGAGGAGGCGGCCUGAGGCCCGGGGGAGGGCGGGCACUGUCCUUUUCAAGCCCCGGAGCGCCCCGGAACUGUGCGCGGGAGGAGCGCGCGGGGGCGGAAUGGACUCCGCUCCGCAGCGCUCCGCACGUGUCCCGCGGCUUCCUCCCUGCCAGCGGCUAUGUGUAGGCAGACUCUUGCGCCUUCACCUUCACCUCCUUGCUCCCCGGCCCUCUCGUCCCGGGUCUGCGGUCCCUGCGGCUUGGCAGUGGCGCUUCCGCAGCCCCUGGGCGCCACCUUCGGUGCCGGCUCCCUGCGCUGCUCUCCUCCCCGCUGCGCCUUUGCCUAUCCCUCGUUCUCCUCCUUACCGCAGUGGUGUGUUUACCUUGUGGCUUCACACUAACGUUGACCCCCAUGCUCUCCCAAGACAAGGUGUGGACCCCAUGCUCUCCCAAGACAAGGUGUGGACCACUCCCUGCGCCUUCGUGGCCAUCAUACCUGGGCCCAGGUGCCACCCACAUCUCUGUCCCCGCGCCCUCGCAGCUUCCAUAGCUGUGCUCAGGUG